AUGUCUGAUAUUAUACAAUUCGAUUACAGACAACAUUGGCAAGAACGAGAUAUUAUUCUUAAAAGACCAACGAGCGGGGAUACAUCAUUAGGAUUUACUAUUGCUGGCGGUACUGAUAAGCUUUUUCUUCGUCCUAAUUUUACAUCUAUUAUUGUUACAAAUAUAAGCAAAAAUACUAUCGCACAUACAGAUGAAGGAUUAAAAUUAUAUGACAUAAUAUUGCGUGUGAAUAAUACUAAUUUUACAAAUAUUAUAUCUCAAAGAGCUGAUGAUACAUUGAGAAAAGCAGGACGGAAAAUUAAAUUGAUACGUCGUCUCACACCACCAAUUAGCAAAGAUAUUGAACUAGAGCAUAAUGGAAAACUAGGCAUAUUUAUCGCAGGUGGAAUUGGACAUGAAUAUUUUCGGGACGAUCAUGGUAUAUUUAUUACGGAUAUAGCUCAAUAUCAAACUAAUAAACAAUUAUAUAAGGGUGAUCGAUUAUUACAAAUUUCAUCAGCAUGUAACACUUACGAUUUACGAUUUGUUACGCAUGAAAUAGCCAAACAACACAUACAGUUAGCAUGUUCAGAAAGCAAAAAGAUUAUAUUACGUGUUGGGCGUACAACACCAAUUGUUGAAGCGUAA